AUGGACGUCAGACUGGUGGCCAUCAUCGUACUAGCUGUGGCAGUGAGUGGAUCUCCACAUGGAAGUCACUGCCACGUGUCCCGAUAUUUAUCCGUGUCUCCCACUGAUGUCACAGCGCUGAGACAGCUGCAAGGUGUAUCUGAGAAGGACAUGUCCAGCAAUGCAACAAGAUGUUACAGGAGAAUGAUGAAACACAAGCCAUCUGUAUGUGACCUAGAGCCCAGUGACCGCCUGAUCCUGACCUUGGAGCGAGUAUCACUAGCGGCUGAUGUACUGACUAGUAUGUCCUCAUCUGCUCUGUCUGACGCUGUGUCACAGUCACUUAUGGCUUUCCUCACACUGAGAGAUGACCUGAUGAUCUGUAGGGACUCACCAGAAUACAGAGAACCUGCCUCCCAGCGGCUGAGGCCCUGGCUGCACCAUCUCCCACGCUUUAAGGAAACAGCAUCUCUAGAAUGUGUCCGGGACGCUGUGUUACUCGGCCUCAUCUCACUAAGGGUAGAAGAUGUGAGCUGUUGGGCUGUAAGAAAUCUGUCCGGUGAGACCUAG